CCUGCCAGCGUAAUACAGGCUCCACUACCACUACCUGUAGACAAGGUUGCUGCCAACUCUCCCAGUAUGUACUCUCAGGAACUGUUCCAGCUCUCCCAGUAUCUACAGGAGGCCUUACACAGAGAGCAGAUGCUGGAACAGAAGUUAGCCACCCUACAGCGUCUGUUAGCCACUACACAAGAGGCUUCAGAGAGCAGCUGGCAGGCUCUGAUCGAUGAAGAUCGUCUACUCUCCAGAUUGGAGGUGAUGGGCAGUCAGCUACAAGCUUACUCGAAGUCUCAAACAGAGGAGGGAAUGCGUAAGGAACUGCUGGCCCUGCAGGAGGACAAACACAACUAUGAGACGACGGCCAAGGAGUCUCUGAGGAGAGUCCUGCAGGAGAAGAUCGAAGUGGUCAGGAAGCUUUCAGAAGUCGAGCGUUCUCUCAGUAACACAGAGGAUGAGUGCACCCAUCUGAAGGAGAUGUCAGAGAGGAGUCAGGAGGAGCUGAGGGAGUUGGCCAACAAAUACAACGCGGCCGUCAACGAGAUCAAGGAACUCACUGACAAAAUCAAGGUGGCAGAGGGUCGUCAGGAGGAGCUAACCCAGAGAGGAGCAAGUGAGAAGAAGGAGUUGGAGCUGAAAAUAGAGGAGAUGGAGGAGAAGGAGCAGGUUCUCCAGGCUCGCAUCGAGGCUCUGCAGGCUGACAAUGACUUCACCAACGAGAGACUCACCGCUCUGCAAGUACGAUUAGAACAACUGCAGGAGAAAAGCAUUAAAGAAAACAACAGUCUGGUAGAGGAGCCUGUGGAGGACACACAGAAUCGGCAGGAGUAUGAGACCCAGGAGGAUGAGGACACGGAUACUGAUGGUGGUGCUGGUGAUGAAGAGGAGGAUGACGACAACUGUCAUGUAAACAACAGCGGCGGAGACUGCACUAGAAUCCAACAGUUGAUUCAAUGUCCGCCCGUGAAGCAGCUGAAGGAGGCGGUCGGGUCUUCAAUUCACAAACUGGCUCACUUUGACGAAGUGAUAGACGCCCACCUCCAGAAUAACCAGACAGCAGAAGAUGACAGCCUGGCCAGCCCUGACCGACUUAAAGAGAAUCCAAUGGAUGCUAAAGAGUCGGAUAUGUCGGACACUCUGAGUCCCACCAAGGACCGCAGCAGUGACGAUACUUCAGACGGGAACAUGGAUGACCAUGAGCUGAACGAGCCCCAGAACAGUGUGGCUCUACUCAAAGAUGAAUUGCGUCGGGCCGGUUUAGAGCCUGGCGACACGGAGCAGGUCAUCAACCAUCUCCACAGAGAGCUGCUGGAGGCCCAGGAGUUAGCCAACACCGGCAAACAGAAAUGUCUGGAGCUGCAGGCUCUGUUGGAGGAGGAAAGGAGGAGCAACUGUAAGCAGACUGAGGAGUCCACGAAACAGAUCCAGUAUCUACAGACUCAGUUGGGUAGGUUGCAGGCAGACAUGGAGGCUCUUAGAGAGCAGAGGGAGAGCACCAUCUGUACCACCAGAGAGGAGCUGUACUCCGCCCAGGAGGAGAUUCUUGUUCUGCGCCACACCAUGGAAGCAGCCACAUCGGAAAGGGAGCGCGAGAUCGCCACCCUGCAGGCUGACUUGGGUAAUGUUCGCUCAGAGCUGGAACACUGGCGCAUCACAGCUGCCAAAUAUGAAGAGGAGAUCAGGCGGCUACAGGAAGCCUUCACACAACAGACCCAGUACCAGCACAAAGCUAACCAGCUACAGGCGGACUGUGAUGCUCUGCAACAGCAGUGUGUUUGCCUGCAGCAGGAGUGUGACAGUCUGAGAUCUGAGAGGAGCACCCUGCUCGACAAACUGCAUCGCCUGGAGACGGAGCUCGACAGCACCAGGGAGCGGAGCCUGGUUCUGAGCUGCAGCCUGGAGUCACUGGAGAAGAGAGAGGGGGUUCUGCAGGAUAAACUGGGCUCCAUGGAAAACCAGCACAUACAAGAUGCAACCAAACUACAAAAUCAACUGGACCAGGCCCAGGCCCGUACAUGCAGCCUGCAGAAAGAGUAUGAGGACACUCAGUCCCAGCUGACAGAUCUGCGUCGGCGAUACGAGAGAACAGAGCAGGAGAAACUCAACAUCCACCAGGAGCUGGAACAGUGUAGGAGCACCCUAAAAGUACUGCAGGACAAGUCUAACAGUCCAUCCAUAUUGCAGCCUGUCCAAGCCAUAUUCAUGGGCCUUGUCCUGGCUGUGGUCUACUGGUGUUUUGGACAGUUGUGGUAGAAAGAGCAGCUGGAGCCCCUGGUUGCCGGUUGUCGCGGUGAUGGUCGCCGUGACUGCAGCUGUCCUCUACCCCAACCUCUCCAAGAGCAGCUCUACCUAACACACAAACACACACACACACAAUCACACACAUACACA